CCAAAAACCGAAAACAACAGCAAACAGCAGACAGCAAAGCAGAACAACGAGAACGAGCAGAACUGGGAAAAUUGUUUACACGGUCUUGAGAACAAACAAUCACUACUUAAUCGUCGAUUGUGAUUCCCCUUACUGAAUAUCAUGGGUAGCGCUGACGAUUUGUCUAUGCUAAUGAAACCUGAAAGCCCUCGCCAGCAAGAGAUUAAGGAGGAGUAUGGACUGAACGUGAAACUACUUCCAAGUAAUGAUCAGGUCAAAGAACUUCAGACAAUUCUCAGAGACCGGAACACAACACGGAGUGAUUUCAAGUUUUAUGCUGACCGUUUAAUUCGCCUGGUGAUAGAAGAAAGUCUGAAUCAAUUACCAUUCACAAAAACCACAGUUACAACUCCAACAAACGAACUUUAUCAGGGAUUAAAAUACCAAAGAGGUAAUUGUGGUGUCAGUAUUGUACGAAGUGGGGAAGCCAUGGAACAGGGACUGAGAGACUGUUGUCGCUCUAUAAGGAUAGGAAAAAUUCUUGUAGAGUCUGAUGCAGAUACUCAUGAAGCUCGAGUAGUUUAUGCUCGCUUCCCAGAAGACAUAGCUCAAAGAAAAGUUCUUUUAAUGUAUCCAAUUAUGAGCACUGGGAACACAGUUAUCAAGGCUGUGGCUGUACUGAAAGAACAUAAUGUUUUGGAAGAAAACAUAAUUCUUUCUAACCUAUUUUGCACACCAGUUGCAUGUCGGUCAAUUACAGCUGCAUUUCCUCAGAUGAAGAUUUUGACUUCUGAACUGCACUUCGUGGCUCCAAAUCACUUUGGACAGAAAUAUUUUGGAACAGACUAGUUAGAGCAAUGUUGUUACUGAGGAGAGAGGAGAACACCAAGGAGUUGUUACAAUAUAUUUCCUCGCCAUCCACUCCGAUUGCAGUCAUGUCCAUUUGCCUCACAUCAAUGACCUGUUCUUGAUUUUUCACCUUGGUUACUGUAGUAUUUUAUGCUCAAAGUUUGUGCACAAGUAUUCCAUUAAGAAUGAGUUUUGAUGUACUUAAGAAUUUUAAUUUUAAUAGACAUGUGCUCACAUGUCCUUUUGGUCAAUGAAUGAAAUUUGAUGACAAAAUUGUCAAUAUCGUAUUACUACAAUCUAAGAAAUAACUUCAGAAGAUAAUAUUUAUUUUCAUUGUUUGAAUUUCUAGAAUUUUUAUAUGUUUGCGGUGAUUUUUUUUUCUUUUCCUUAAGCCAUAGUCUUCAAUUCAAUGAAAUAAUUUGUUGAUUACAUUUUGAAGUCUUCCCAGUUGUGGUUACUGCAAAAACUCUAAAGCAAUGUUUUAUGUACUGUGAUAUACUUUCUCUGUAUACCUCAUGAAAGGUGUGCCGAAUUCUGUCUACAACUGUAUAAAGUGUACACUGAAUGAUUUUUAUCUUCAUGCAUGUGAUUGUGUUGUUCCGAUUGGAAAUUAUUUAUUAUAGAUUGACAUGAAAAGUCUCCCUUCUCGUGUGUGUUGUGAUGUUUAAAUAUUUUUACAAAUACAUCUUCAAAGAUUUUUUGCUAUGCAAAUUGACUAUUCAAGGAUAUAGUGGAUGUAAAUGUGCAAGCUCAAUUCAUGACUUGUUCGUUUUACUGCAAUAUUUCUUUAAUUCAGUGGCUGUACGUAUUUAUUUUUUGAAUAUGAAUAAAACAUGAUUUUAAAAUAAACUGA